CAUCUCUGUAUUCUGGUUAAACUGCUGAAGAGAGAAUCUGCCUGAGUUUGCUCUGCAGCAGCAUUUAAUCUCAGGACGUGGCGUUCGUAACAAUGAGGUUUCUAAUCUCGCUGUGUGUGUCACUUCUGCUGAUUAAUUGUGAACUGAUCAAUGGACAAACAUCUGUGUCAACUUCCAGCUCUGACCCAUGCAAUGAUUAUAAUAUUCUUGAUGACUAUUGGAGAGACAUGCGCCAAAAUAUUUACCAAUACUAUGGACUAUAUAAUGACACCCAUGUUGAAUGGAGUGGUUGGUAUCGGAUGUUUUUGAAUGGAGAAAGUGCUCAAAUGUCGGAGUGGUGUGUGAAUUAUGUGGGAUGUGGUGGUUAUACUGGACUGUAUCUAAAUGGUUCUCAUCCACGACUUGAGGAUGGAGUGGUGACCCGUGAAGUCCUGGGGACUAAUAAUUAUUGGGGGUAUUACUCGAACCAGUGUGGCAACUACAGAUCCAACUCCAUCCAAGUCAAAGCCUGUCCGGGAGAUUAUUAUGUCUAUAAACUCGUCAAGCCAGAUGUGUCACUCAACAUGCCCACAUACUGUGCAGUUGCUUUCAAAAGCAUCAGCAAUGAUCCAUGUUACAACUAUGAGUCUCUGGACCGUCCCUGGAGAGCCAAUAAUGAAAGUGGAUUGUACAUUGGUGAUGAAUCUUUCUCCUGGAAUGGCUGGUAUCGGCUUUUCUACAAUGGAAUGAACAUCCAGAUGCCAGAGAGCUGUGUUAAGUCAUAUUUGGCCUGUAAUUCAUACAUGAGUCUGUGGCUCAAUGGUCCUCACCCUCAGAUAGAGGAUGGAGUUGUGACCAGAGAGGUCUGUGGGGAAACUUAUUGGACUGAAUGCUGUAAUUACAAGUCAGAACCAAUCAGAGUGAAAGCCUGUCCAGACAAUUACUACGUAUAUGAACUUGUGAAACCACAAAACUGGAAUGCGGGAUACUGCACAGAUGUCAGCACUAUAUCACAGACGGUUUCCUCUACAAGUCCAGCUCUCAUUACUGGAUCCAGCAUCACCUUGGUUGACCCGUGCUAUAACUACAACAAUCUUGAUAACUACUGGAGAGACACACACAAUAACUGGUAUAUGUAUGGAUAUAUAUCUGGAAAUGACGACACUCGUGUAGAAUGGGAUGGAUGGUAUCGACUCUUCAUUAAUGGAUCGAGUGCUCAGAUGCCUGAGUGGUGUGUGAGUUAUAUGUCAUGUGGAGGUUAUAGUGCUCUGUGGCUUGGUGACUCUCAUCCUCAGAUAGAAGAUGGAGUUGUUACUCGGGAAAUCUACGGCUCAGUUAAUGACCAGUGUAAUCAAUACAGAUCCAAACCCAUCCAAGUCAAAGCUUGUCCUGGAAAUUAUUAUGUCUACAAAUUUACCAGACCAAAACUAUCAAUCCCAGUUCCUGUAUAUUGUGCAGUUUCAUACACCACGCCAAGUGUUGACCCCUGCUACAACUAUACCAGUCUGGAUGAGUCUUGGAGAGCCACUGACAAUCCUUACUAUAAUAACUACAACUACUACUACUACACCAUGUGUGAUUAUAAUGUCAACUGGAAUGGCUGGUACAGGCUCUUCUACAGUGGUCAGAGUAUCCGGAUGCCAGAGUCAUGUGUUAAUUAUGGCAUGUGUGGCACUCAAUACCCGCUGUGGCUCAAUGGCUCACAUCCACAGCUGGAAGAUGGAGUGGUCAGCCGCCAAGUCUGUGGUUCCGAUGGGAGUAACUGCUGUGGUUACAGAUCUCAUCCCAUACAAGUCAAAGCCUGUCCAGGAGAUUAUUAUGUUUAUGAGUUUGUCCGGCCGAUAUACUGCUCAGCUUACUGUGCAGAUGUCACAAGUCUCAACAGCUCAUCACAUUCUACAACAACAGAAACAAUCCUUCCAGUAGGAUCCACUCCUGUGCCCAUCACAACCACUGAGGCUAUCCCUGUUGACCCUUGCUCCAACUACACUGUACUGGAUGAUUCUUGGAGAUCCACCAACAAUCAAUAUAAUCAAUAUUCCUCUCAGAUAAUGUGUGACACUGGGGUCAGCUGGAGCGGCUGGUACCGUCUCUUCAUUGAGGGUCAGAGCGUUCAGAUGCCAGACACAUGUGUUGGUCAGUAUAGCUGUGGCACUACUGCCCCACUGUGGCUAAACGGUCAACACCCAAGUGUUGAGGAUGGAGAGGUCACCCGGUCUGUGUGCGGUCACUGGAACAAUGACUGCUGCUAUUUCCAAUCCAAUCCCAUUAAAGUCAAAGCCUGCCCGGGAAAUUAUUAUGUCUAUGAGUUUGUGGCACCAACUGUCUGUCAUUUAGCAUACUGUGCAGAUGCUAGCAACAUUACCCAGACUACUGUGAGACCAGAGACAUCCACAACCCCAGAAACUACAACCAUGCAGAUUAUGACUGGCAAUGGAAGCAAUAUCCCAGGCACAUUUUAUCCAUUUGGAUCUGGAGACACAGUGAAUGCACGCAGUGAUGAUGGAAGUUCAUCAGUGAUUUACCUCCUGCAACCGUUUAUAUAUUUUGGACAAACAUACAACCGAACUUAUGUCAACAACAAUGGACACUUGACUUUUGAUAAUGCAUGGUCCAGCAACUCUCCGUACCAGUUCCCUGCUUAUAGUGGGAGAGACCUCAUUGCUCCAUUCUGGACAGAUCUUGACAACAGUGUGAAUGGGUUUGUCUCAUAUAAUCAGUACACCUCUGACAGUGUCCUUACACAGGCCACACAAGAUAUAAACCAAUACUUCCCUCACCUGAGCUUCUCUGCUUCAUGGGUCUUUGUUGCAACAUGGGACAGAGUUGCAUACUUCCCAACUUCAGGAACAGAAACAUCUUUCCAAGUGGUUUUGAUUUCAAAUGGCCAUCUCACAUUUGUUUUAAUGAACUAUGGCACAAUUGCUCCAACACAACGAUAUAUACAGGCUGGUUAUGACACUACCGACUCAAGUCACCAUUUCUCAAUAACCGGAUCACUCCUGAGUGACAUCACAAGCCUAUCAAACAGCAGCAAUGUUGAUGUGCCAGGCAGAUGGGCCUUCAGGACAGAUCAUGGAUCACGGGGUUGUCAGUUUAAUGAUUUACCAGUGCAACUAGGAGACUCUUUCUGGCGUGAUGCCACCUGUCAGGAGAAAUGCACCUGUACCAGAAAUGGCCUCCAGUGCAGCCUGCAGCCCUGCACUUAUUCCCAAGCCUGUCGUUCAGCUGCUUUCCAAUACUCUUGUCAGAACAUUCAACGCCAAACCUGCACCAUCUCCGGUGAUCCACACUACUACACGUUUGACAAUCAGAUUUUUCACUUUCAAGGAACUUGCACCUAUGUUCUGUCUGAGGCUUGUGGAAAUGGUUUGCCAUUUUAUCGCAUUGAAGGCAAAAAUGAACACCGGGGUAGUACACAUGUGUCAUGGACUCGGAUGGUCAGAGUGUUUGUCUAUGAAGAAGAAAUUGAGCUUGUCAAAGAUCGCUAUUACGAGGCAAAGGUUAAUGGGACACUCACAGCAACACCAUUCACCCUCCGCAAUGGCUCCAUCCAAGUCUAUCAGUCAGGUUUUUCCUUGGCCAUCAGCACCGAUUUUGGUCUGGUAGUUACCUAUGAUGCAAAUAGCUAUGUCACCAUCUCUGUACCUUAUGAGUACCAGAAUUCUACAUGUGGUCUUUGUGGGAACUUUAACCUGCAUCCUGAAGAUGACUUCCGUUCACCCACUGGUGAGAUCCUAAGCUCUGAUGUUGACUUUGCCAACUCGUGGAAGGCAGAAGGGGACACAGAUCCUGAAUGCCAUGAUGUCAGCUGCACAGGUCUGGCUUGUGCUGUGUGUACCACAAAUGAAAUGAGUGUUUACAGUGACACAAACCACUGUGGGAUCCUGGGAGAUGUUUCUGGCCCUUUUGCUGCUUGCCACUCAGUGCUUGCGGCACAGACCUACAUAGAGAACUGUGUCUAUGAUCUCUGCUUAGGACAAGGUUACCAGCCCAUUCUCUGCCAGGCUCUCAAUGUGUAUGCUGCUCAAUGCCAACAGCAGGGUGUGCAACUAGGGCAGUGGAGACAUCAGGGCUUUUGUGAGAUUCUGUGCCAUGAGCACAGCCACUUUGAGUCCCAAGGAACAAGUUGCCCUGCAACCUGCAGCAAUCCAUCCGCUCAAAUAAACUGUCCCUUGCCCAGUCAGGAGAGUUGUAUCUGUGAUGCUGGGUACAUCCUCAGUUCUGGGCAAUGUGUGCCUCUACAAGACUGCGGCUGUACCUUUGAGGGUUUCUAUUAUGCCAAGGGGCAGUCAGUAGUUUUAGACGGGAACUGUGGAAGGCAAUGUGCUUGCAGUAGUGGGACAAUGAUCUGCCAUCAGCACCAGUGUGGACCUGCAGAGGUGUGUGAAGUCCAUGAUGGUGUGCGGGGCUGCAGACCCAUCAGCUAUUCCACAUGUUCAGUUGAAGGCCUGGGGUCAUAUUACACCUUUGAUGGACUAACUUUCAGAUAUCCGGGAGCCUGUGGACUGACCCUUGCAAGGGUAAUGGGGCCAUCCCAACUACCAUACUUUGUUUUGACAGUGGAAAAAAUUCCCAGAGGCUUUCACAACUUUGCCAGGUACCUGAAGUUUGAGGCAGAAGGAACUCAGGUUUCCUUAGAAAUGGGAGAAGGUAGUAAUGUACAGGUGGAUGGACAGAUGGUUGGUCUGCCCAUCAAUGUUGGUUCUGGUCGGAUUCGGAUCUUUCACAACAGUGUGAUGGGGUUUGUUUUGGAAACAAACUUUGGGGUGACUGUUAGAGCUGACUGGCCAAACAUUGUCCGAAUCACGGCACCAAGCUCUUACAAUGGAACAAUUGGAGGUCUAUGUGGGAACUUGAAUGGAAACACUGAUGAUGAGUUUUACAGUCCAGAUGGUCUCUUGUUGGAUGACUCUCGAUUGUUUGCGGACAGCUGGCGGGAUGGGUCUCUGUCAGCCCACUGUGAGGACCCAGCUGAUAUCUGGGAACCAGGACAUUAUCAGAACAGCAGCCAAUUUAGUGAGCACUGCAACAUCAUGGCCAGGAAUGAUGGACCAUUUGCUGAGUGCAGCAGAAUAUUAGACCCUUCACAAAGGAUGCUACAUUGCAUUCAGAUGCUGACUGAGACGGGGGUGCGGGAGGCCUUAUGUGAGGCCUUGCGAGGCUACACACUUCUCUGCCAACAGAAUGGCAUUGCAGUUGGAGAGUGGAGGAAUUUCACCCACUGCGAUCCUCAAUGUCCACCAAAUUCCCAUUUUGAAUUGUGUGGCACUUCCUGUCCUGCAUCCUGCCCUAGCCUCUCAUUUCCUUUUCUAUGCACUCUGCAAUGUCAGGGGGGAUGCCAGUGUAAUGAUGGAAAUGUGCUGAAUGGAGAUCGCUGUGUGCCCCCAACGGGUUGUGGUUGCCACUAUGCUGGCCGCUAUCGGCAUCCUGGAGAGCAGUUUUGGAAUGGUGAACAGUGCCACUCGCUGUGUGUCUGUGAUGGCAUCACUGGAAACGUCCAUUGCUCACCAUCAUCUUGCAGUGAGCAGGAAAUUUGUCAAGUGGUGGAGGGAGAUUUCGGCUGCCAUCCCCUUCCACAUGCUAGUUGUUCUGCUUCAGGAGACCCCCAUUAUAUGUCCUUUGAUGGAGCCUUCUUUGAUUUUCAAGGGACAUGCCGAUAUGUGCUAGCUACAGUAUGUAAUGACAGUGUUGGGCUUCCACACUUCCAGGUGGAUGCAAGAAAUGAGGCUUGGCAUGGACUCUCAGUGUCAAUUACUGUUGAAGUUUUUGUCAACGUCUCUGGGCAUCUCGUGCACAUGUCACAAGACAUGUAUGGUUCUUCUGCUGUUGAGAUUGAUGGAGAGACCAGAAAUCUCCCCAUCCUACUUGACUCUGGUCGUGUAUCCAUCUACUCCACUGGACAGUUCGUCUUUGUCACAACAGACUUUGGUGUCAGUGUGAGUUAUAGUGGUUCCUGGGCAGUGAACAUCAUUGUACCAGCAAACUACAGUGGAGUUAUGUGUGGACUCUGUGGCAACUUUAAUGGCCAGAGGGAUGAUGACUUCAUGACUCGUUCAGGUGCUCUGGUACCUUCAGUAGACCAGUUUGGGGCGGCUUGGAAGCUUGAAGAUGAUAUGUCAUGCAAUGAUGGGUGUGGAGCCAAUUGCCCUUUAUGUCAAGAUCAGACCAUCUCUCAGUCUUUGUGUGAUAUUAUCAGGGACAAUCAGGGCCCCUUAAGCUUCUGCCAUUCUUCUGUAGACCCACAAGUAUACUUUCAUGACUGUGUGUUUGAUGUGUGUGUUUCUGGGAACAAUAAUGAUGUCUUGUGUCGCUCUAUCCAAUCCUAUGUGAGUGCCUGUCAAUUGGCAAAUGCUAUUGUCUACCCCUGGAGAGCAAAUGGGUCAUGUGUCAUGACCUGCCCUGAGAACAGUCACUAUGAGCUGUGUGGUACAGACUGUGGCCAUACAUGCGCCAGUAGCAUCGAUGCUAGUUGUGAACACACAUGCUCAGAGGGUUGUUUCUGUGAUGCUGGAUUUGUGAGGAGUGGAGGUCUAUGUGUACCAGUGGAGCAAUGUGGCUGCUUGUAUAAUGGAUUCUACUAUAAUAUUGGUGAACAGUUCUGGGAUCCAGAAUGUUCCCAACGCUGCGAGUGUUUUGCUCCAAAUGAUCUGCGCUGCUCUGCAUACACCUGCCCAUCAACAAUGGAGUGCACUGUUAGAAAUGGCCGUCGUGGUUGCUAUGGUCAAAUGUCCACGUGCACAGUCUGGGGCGAUCCCCACUUCAUAACCUUCGAUGGAGCUUUGGCCCACUUUCAGGGAACAUGUUCAUAUGAGAUCGCACAGACCUGUGGUAAUGUUACCGGAGAUGAUCUGUCGUUCCGUGUGGUGGCGACCAACAGACACCGUGGCAACAUGAUGGUGUCAUUUGUAUCAGUAGUGGAUAUUUGGUUGUCUCAGCGUGGAGAAAAUAUGCAUAUCACUAUUGGACAGAACAGGAAAGUCAAAGUUGAUGGCAAUGACAUUGGCACACCAGCCUCAAUGAUCAAUAAUCUUGUAGAGAUGCAUGAGGAGCAGGGAUUUGUGGUCAUAAAUGCAUUCAAUGAAUUCAUGGUCCAUUUUGAUGGCCAUAGCACCCUCCUAGUCAGACUGAGCACAAAAUUCUAUAGAUCUAUAUGUGGAAUGUGUGGUAAUUAUAAUGGCAACCCUGCAGAUGAUAAAGCACUGCUCAGUGGAGAUCUUGCUCCUGAUGACACUGCCUUCGGCCAGAGCUGGAUUUCAGACACCAGCACCCCAGGUUGUGGUGCAAGUGACCAGAUCGGUAAUGCUGAUGAGUGUCCAUUCAGACAGGAGUAUUCUGAGAUCUGUAGCAUUAUCACCAACACCACUGGACCCUUCCAACAUUGCCACCUUCAUGUAGACCCUGCUCCUUACUACUUCUCCUGCGUGUAUGACCUGUGUCUUUACACAUCUGCCAAUGGCAUGUUGUGUUCUGCUGUUCAGGCCUAUGAGACGGCUUGUGCAAUGUUGGAGAUACAGAUCCCAGAAUGGCGCUCGAGUCUUCAGUGCCCUGUGACAGAUCCCUGUGCUGAACUCAACUGUACUGAAGAUGAAUGGUGUGGGAAGAAAAAUGGUGUUUACGACUGUUUCUGCAACGAAAACCAUUUGAGACCUCAAAUCAACGACUCUUUUGAUUCCUUUGAAACUUGUGAAAGCAGCUCAGGCUCCAUGUCUCUGUCUCGCUGUCAGCUCUUUGAGGCUGGUUUUCCAGCUGGAAUCUUACACCUCAAUGAGCCCAGUUGCAAAGGAACAGUCCAGAAUGGCAGAGUGGAGUUCCAUUUUGAUAACAAUGAGCACAUCUGUGGGACAAAUCUUGUGGCCAAUGGAACCCACUUCAUCUAUGAGAACUUUAUUCUGGGGGCACCAGACUCAUCUGAAGGUCUCAUAAGCAGGAAGAGAAUUCUGAAGCUAUCUUUCAGCUGUGUAUACCUACAAACCCAGACACUCUCAAUGAAUAUAGAAAUGAAUCCACUGGGGAGCAUUGUGCACCGAAUACUUCCAGUCGGUGAAGGCAGAUAUCAGGUCAGGAUGGUUCCAUAUCACGAUGCACAGUUCUCCAACCCCUUCACUGGUCGUGUGGAUGCUGAACUGAACCAGCAGAUUUUUGUGGAAGUUCGUGUUGAUGGGGUCGAUAACCGUCAGUUUGCCGUGGUGAUUGACACGUGUUGGGCUACACCUGAGAAUGAUCCACAUCACCAUCUCCGCUGGGACCUCAUUACUGGAGAGUGUCCCAAUCCAAAUGAUGACACAGUGGAGCUGCUGCAGAAUGGAGUCUCCACAUCAAGCCGUUUCUCUUUCAGGAUGUUUGUGUUUACUGCAAACUCCACUAAGGUUUACCUGCACUGUGCUAUUCACCUGUGUCUUCUGACGCGUAGUGACUGCUCAGCGCAUUGUUACCCUGGAUACCACCAGAGAGUGGGCAGAUCUCUGGACUUCCAUGACAGUGCUUCCAUUUCCAUGGGCCCUCUGGUCAUGUCUGAAAGCAACUCAGAUAUAUGGGCUCCAGAAAAAGUGAAAGAAUCCAGGGCUUCUGGUCUCUGUGGUUCCUUGAUAAUAUUGCUUCUUUCACUCCUGAGUGCUCUUUCCAUCUUCUAGUAUUGUUCCACUAAGAAGGAUUUUUUGUUUGUAACAUUAGUUUUCUUUGGUCUAUAUUCCACACUACAUGUUAUUGAACUGUGUGAUGUAACUUUUAUUUGAUGGGCUUAAAAAUGGCAUUUGUUUAUGAUCAUAAUCUUUUGUUUGGUAUGGUGAAACUCUGAAUUUGACUAUUGCUUCUGACUUUCUUGUAAAAUCCUUCAAAAUGACAAACAUUUUAACUUUAUACCUCGUUUAAGGUAAUUUUUGCACAAUUACUGCAUUACUUGAUAAUAAAUUUAACCCAUUAACAUACAAUAAAUGAGUCCACUGAUAAAAAAUGGAUAGAUAGAUAGAUAGGAAAUAUACUGGAAACUGGAUGUGGAUGUGUCAUCAGUGUAUUUUAGAGUGGAUAGUAUGUUUAGCUCAUACCAAUAUGAUUCAAUCUUUGCAAAGGAACUGUUAUUGGGGAAGUUAAAACACUUGGAGUAACAGUUUCAUUCAUGAGUAUUUUAUAUGUCAUGACAGUGUGAUAGUUUAUGGUGCUGACUUGGCUUGAGUCUGUCUACACUGGGCCCAUCUACGAUUUUCUAAACUGUUUAUUUGUGUUGCUGGCAGUAAUAGCGCCACCAUGUGCAAUAUAAAAUAAAACAGGACAUCUGUUUACUGUCGGCGAAACGCGACAUGCUGCAACGGACGCUUCCAUGGUAGACAGCAUCAUUGAUAAUAAUUGGUUCUAUUGCUUUGGACGUGACUCUCGCGUCUGCUGUAUAUGAGAGUGAGUGUUAACUGUUGUGCUUGAGAUGAACAGUUUAAUAUAUUCAGAUACAAUGUGUUGGAUGUGUGUUAUGUGUAAACCCUGACAUUUAGUUUUAUAAUGUUGUAGAGCUUGUUCAUUCUCUUCCAAUUGAGUUUCAAAAAUGUUUUGAAGUUUUAAACCAAAACUGAGCAUUUUGGACAAAGGGCCAAAAACAGGGUGGAAAAUGAUCAUAUAUUACUAAAAGGCUGUUUUAUGCACACACACACACAAAAGAUUAUCAGUGGACCUCAGGAAAGAUAAUAAAAUUAUAGAA